UGCCGGGCCCAUGGCGAGCACGUCGGCGGAGAUCAUCGCGUUCCUGCUGACCAUCUCGGGCUGGGUGCUCGUCUCCUCCACGCUGCCCACCGACUAUUGGAAGGUGUCCACCAUCGACGGCACGGUCAUCACCACCGCCACCUUUUGGGCCAACCUCUGGAAGACCUGCGUGACCGACUCCACCGGCGUCUCCAACUGCAAGGACUUCCCAUCCAUGCUGGCGCUGGACGGUUACAUCCAAGCCUGCAGAGGACUCAUGAUCUCCGCUGUCUGCCUGGGUUUCUUCGGUGCCGUUUUUGGACUGGUUGGGAUGAAGUGUACGAAAGUCGGAGGCUCUGAUCAAACUAAAGCAAAAAUAGCUUGUUUAGCUGGACUGAUUUUCAUACUUUCUGGGUUGUGCUCUAUGACUAGUUGUUCCCUGUAUGCAAACAGGAUUACGUCUGAGUUCUUUGAUCCUUCUUUUGUUGCACAAAAGUAUGAAUUAGGAGCAGCUUUGUUCAUUGGAUGGGCUGGAGCUUCACUCUGCAUAAUUGGUGGCAGUAUAUUCUGCUUCUCAAUAGCUGAAAACAGUAAUUCUCCAAGGAGAGGAUAUGCGUAUAAUGGAGCCACAUCUGUGAUAUCUUCUCGUACAAAGGUCCACAACAGUGUCCCAGACAAAACCCCACCAAAGCACUUUGACAAGAACGCUUAUGUUUAGUUGCACUGUUGGAAGACUCAAAGCAUUUUAAAAAUGAUUUUGUACGUUUCAUUCAGAGUGAUUCCCCCCCAUUCCCAACUUCAAUGUACUUACCACUAAGACAAUGACUUUUAAAAAUAUUAACUUGCAGCUUUUUACAUACUGAUGUAAAUUUUAUUAUGUAAUAUUUUCAGAUUGAUGUUGGUAUUGUAAAGUUUAUACCUGGAAAUCACGACCUGAUGUUGCAUUCUUGAAAAAAAAUAAAUGAGGUAUUUACUAA